AUGGGCUGCGCUCCCAGCAUCCACGUCUCGCAGAGCGGCGUGAUCUACUGCCGGGACUCGGACGAGUCCAAUUCGCCGCAUCAGACCACCACCAUCUCGCAGGGAACGGCCGCCACCUUGCACGGGCUCUUCAUCAAGACUGACGCGGCCGACUCCAUCCCUUCGGUGCUCGCCUACCAGAGCCGCCAGCCGCCGCCGCCGCCGCCGAACUGCCCGGCCUAUCCGCGCAGGGAGGUCGGCAGGAGCGGGGGGCACCACUGCUGUGGCGUCGAGGCAGAGACCCAGACCAGCCAGAGUAGCGUUAAGGCUUCAACUACUGAGACAGAAAUUGGACCUAUGAGACUGACACAAGAUCCUAUUCAGGUAUUGUUAAUCUUUGCAAAAGAAGACAAACAGAGCGAUGGAUUCUGGUGGGCUUGUGAUAGAGCUGGGUAUAGAUGUAACAUUGCUCAGACGCCAGAAUCAGCACUUGAAUGCUUUCUUGAUAAACAUCAUGAAAUAAUUGUCAUAGAUUAUCGAAACUCCAGACACUUUGAUGCAGAAGCCAUCUGUAGGUCAAUUCGUGCUACAAAACCUGCUGAACAUACUGUGAUACUAGCUGUUAUUUCACAAAUAUCUGCUGGUCAAGAAGAAGCGUCUGUUCUCCCACUUCUCCAUGCAGGAUUUAAUAGGAGAUUUUUGGAGAAUAGCAGCAUCAUUGCUUGUUACAAUGAACUGAUUCAAAUAGAACAUGGGGAGGUGCGAUCACAGUUCAAACUACGGGCUUGUAAUUCAGUAUUCACUGCACUAGAACACUGUCAUGAAGCUAUAGAAAUAACUAGUGAAGAUCAUGUCAUUCAGUAUGUUAACCCAGCCUUUGAACAGAUGAUGGGCUAUCAGAAAGGAGAGUUAAUAGGGAAGGAGCUUACAGAGCUUCCAAAAAGUGACAAAAACCAUGCAGACCUGUUGGAUACAAUCAACACAUGCAUCAAAAGGGGAAAAGAAUGGCAAGGAGUUUAUUACGCAAGAAGGAAAUCAGGUGAUAGUAUCCAACAGCAUGUGAAGAUAACACCUGUGACAGGCCAAGGAGGAAAAAUUCGACAUUUUGUGUCUAUCAAAAAACUGUGUUGCAGCAAUGAUAGCAACAAACAGACCUACAGGACACAUCAUGAUGAAAAGUGUGCAGGAAACCAGUUUCAGUCAGACUCUCACUCCUUCAGAUGCAAGAACAGAAGGAAAGAAUCCAUUGAUGUUAAAUCAAUAACUUCUCGAAGCAGUGAUGCACCAAGUUUACAGAAUCAUCGAUAUUCAUCUAUAGCAAGAAUCCAUUCCAUGACAAUAGAAGCUCCAAUUACAAAGGUUAUUAAUAUAAUCAAUUCAGCUCAAGAGAAUAGCCCUGUGACUGUAGCAGAGGCCUUGGAUAGAGUGUUGGAAAUCUUACGAACAACAGAACUUUAUUCUCCACAAUUAGGAACCAAAGAUGAUGACCCUCAUACUAGUGAUCUUGUUGGAGGUCUGAUGACUGAUGGCUUGAAAAAACUGUCAGGAAAUGAGUAUGUAUUUUCUAAAAAUAUGAACCAGAGCCACAAUCACCUUUCAGUGCCAAUUACCAUCAGUGAUGCUCCACCCUGCAUUGCACACUUACUGGAUAAUGAAGAGAGCUGGGACUUCAACAUUUUUGAAUUGGAAGCUGUUACAAAUAAAAGGCCAUUGGUUUACUUGGGUUUGAAAAUUUUUUCCCGUUUUGGCAUCUGUGAAUUCUUAAACUGUUCAGAAGCCACACUGCGAGCAUGGUUCCAAGUGAUUGAAGCCAACUACCACUCUUCCAAUUCCUACCAUAACUCCACUCACGCAGCAGAUGUCUUGCACGCUACAGCAUUUUUUCUGGUGAAAGAAAGAGUUAAGGGAAGCCUUGAUCAUUUAGACCAAGUGGCUGCAUUAAUAGCGGCAACAGUUCAUGAUGUAGAUCACCCAGGACGGACCAACUCUUUUUUGUGCAAUGCAAGCAGCGAACUGGCUGUUCUCUACAAUGACACUGCUGUCUUAGAAAGCCAUCACACAGCUCUGGCCUUCCAGCUGACAGCAAAAGACAACAAGUGCAACAUUUUUAAAAAUCUCAACAGAAAUCAUUAUCGAACUCUUCGCCAAGCAAUCAUUGACAUGGUCUUGGCAACAGAAAUGACAAAGCACUUUGAGCACGUGAACAAGUUUGUGAACAGCAUCAUCAAGCCGAUGUCCUCAGAUGAAAGCAACUCCAACAAUGAGAGUGGUGAUUGUGAAUAUACAAACAGUCUCAAGAACUUUCCAGAUAACCAGACACUGAUCAAGCGCAUGAUGAUAAAAUGUGCAGAUGUUGCAAAUCCAUGUCGUCCCCUAGAAUUGUGUAUUGAAUGGGCUGGGAGAAUUUCUGAAGAAUAUUUUGCCCAGACUGAUGAAGAAAAGAAACAGGGCCUACCGGUUGUGAUGCCCGUAUUUGAUCGAAACACCUGCAGCAUCCCUAAGUCUCAGAUAUCCUUCAUUGAUUACUUUAUAAUGGACAUGUUUGAUGCUUGGGAUGCAUUUGCACAUCUACCUGAUCUGAUGCAACAUCUAGCAAAUAACUACAAACACUGGAAAAAAUUAGAUGAAUCAAAGUGUCGGAGCCUUCGUCUUCCUUCAGAGAAUAAUCUUGGAAGCUGAAGAGAACAAGAGAAAGAUCAUAGCCUACCACUUACACUGUGAACCAUAUACUGGUAUGGACCCAAGAAGGGUAGAAUUUCCUUCACAAUGAAGUAACCAACUGGGAAAUGAGGAGAAAAGUAUUGUUUCUCAAUUUUAAAUAGUUCAAAAUUCUA